AUGUCGGACAAGAGAAAAAUAGGACUUAACAAACCUCCUGUACCUGCCAGACCUAAAAAUUUGGUCGUUUUAAAUUCUAAACAUUUACCUAAACCACCAGAAAUAUUUUCUGUGCCUUCUAAAAUAACUAAACAAUUUAAUCCUAAAAAAAAUGACACUGUUAAUAGUGAUGGUGAAGAAGAUGCAUAUGGUUACUUAGAACCAUUAUCAUUAUCAACAUCUGAUAUAAACUCUGGGACAAAAAAUAUGAAUGGAUCAACUCUAAAGAAAAGUAUUGAUGAAAAUUUAAAAUUAGGUGAAAUAUUUGACAAAAUAAUGAUGAGAAGUAAUUCAUCUUCAGUUGAAUCACCAGAAGGAGAAUCGAUAAAACAUCAAAUGCCAGUUAACCAAUGGCAGAGACCGUUACCUCUGCCACCGACUGAAGGAAAGUCUGAAGUAACAUCAAUGCCUUGGUACAAAAAAAUAGACAGGAAAAAAGGAGAAGAAAUACUAAGAAAUGGUAUUGAUGGAUACUUUUUGGUCAGACCGUCAUCAAAUGCAGAUACUUAUUUAACAUUAACACUUUGGUACAACAAUAGAACAUAUAACAUUCCGAUCAGAAAAAGAAAAGAUGGUAAAUUUGCAUUAGGUACACCUAAGACAAAUGAACAGUGUUUUGAUUCUAUUGAAUACAUGGUGAAAAACUAUCAAUCGGAAAAAUUAGUCUUAUACAGUAAUGGAGUUCAAACUGGAAAAACUCUUUUGACUAAAUAUCCGCCAUGA